UUUAAUUUCAUCACUUCAUAUUAGAUUUUUUGAAUAUGAAAGUUUUAUACAUAACCACAUGACAAUUGAAAACCAAUUAUCACAAAUUAUUAAUUCACAAAAAAAUCUUAAAAAAAUUAUUUUUGCAAAUGAUAGAAAAUAUUCAAGCCCUCGUUAUCCUGGUAUACCAUUAUAUAAUAUCAUAGGUAAUUCUAAUAGUUCAAAAUCUUUAAAGAUGAUUAUAUUUUAUGGAAUUGAUUUUAGGAAUAUAUUACAUAUAAAAGAGGCAUUUAAUCAAUUAAAUGGUUUAGAAUUUAUUCAUAUAAUUGAGUGUUCUAUUUUUAAUUCUAAUUUUAUUCAACAAAUCAUUGAUCUUAAUAAUGAACCAUUUAAAUUAAUAUCUUUAUUUAUAAAGAAUGAGUUUUAUAGUAAUGAAAGUAGAAAUUUACAAAUUGAAUUAAUGCAAUUAUUAUUUCAAAAAUUUGGUGAAUAUUUAGAAAAUAUUAGAUUUACCCCAAAUGUAAAUGAUGUAAUACAAUGCAGAGCAUUAGAAUUUAUUAAUAAUUAUUGUAAGAGAAUUAAAUUUUUUGAUAUAUAUACAUAUAAUAUUCAGAAAGCUCAUAUUGUAUUAGAUUCAGUCAAAAUUUUCGGACAAAACCUUAAUUAUUUUUCCAUAUAUGUUUCUAUUUGUCAUAAUGAAACAAAUGAAUCUAUAAUAGAAAUGUUUUUAAGAUUAGUACAUGUUCUUCCUUGUAAGUUAGAAUAUUUGAAUUUACAUUUUAAUACUCUGAUUAGAAAAAAUAUUUGGGAAGAAUUUUUAAAAAAUUUAAAACAUAUUUUUAUUAAGAAAUUAUUAAUCAAAAGUAAUGAUUUAUUUGAUAAUAUCUUACCAUAUAUAAAGGAAUAUAUUAUGAAAGAUAAAAGAGUUAAAUAUUUAGCUAUUAAAGGAUGUAUAGCAAACCAAACAAAUAAAAUUAGUACACAUUUGGAUAAAAAAGAGUUGUUUACUAUGACAGAUGAAUUGAAGGAAUUUGAAUCAUAUAACAUUAAAGUUAAAGAAUAUAAU